AUGCUCUCCUUCUUCUCUAGGGCUCGAUCUCUCUCAUCCUCAACAGAAAAUAAUGAAGAAUCAACAACGUCUAAUACAAAAUCAAGUAAAAUAAUCAUUGAGGAGAUUGAUUCUGAAACUGAAAUAACAACCACACCAACAACAACCCCACAACCUACAACAGAAACAAGGGAAGAUCCAUCCCAAACCUCCACUCCUAAAAAACAACAAGCAAUGGAAGACACUAACAAAUCACCAUCUUCUCCCUCAAGCGCCGAAAAAAGGUACCACACUCCAAGAAUAACUGUAGAUGUUAUCAGGGACUUGUGCUCUCGCCAAAGUUUGUUCCAAACACCCUAUUUGAAUGAUAAACUCUUCCUUCAUCACCGAGGCUUCAGAGUCAUUGAAAAUUUAGAAUUAUACACUGAACUGAAAGCUUUAUGGCUUGAGGGUAAUGCCAUCACUAAAAUUGAAAACCUUGGCCACUUGGAUAAGCUCAGAUGUUUGUAUCUCAACCAGAAUCUCAUCACUACAAUUGAAAAUUUGGAAAAUUUAGUGAAUUUGCAAACAUUGAACCUCUCCAGUAACAGAAUUACUGUUGUAGAAAAUUUGGAAUGUUGCCCUCAAUUGGAGACUUUGAAUUUGGGUAAUAACAAAAUUUCAUCGAUAGACAGCCUUUCCAGUUUAUGUAAAUUAAAUAGAUUAUCAGUAUUGGAUUUAUCAAGCAAUGAGAUAGAUGAUGCUGGUAUUGUAGAUAUCCUUUCCCAACUCCCUAAAUUAACUGUGCUCUAUCUUAAAGGAAAUCCUUUUGUAGGCAAAACUAAGAAUUAUAGAAAGACUUUUAUUUCAAAACUACCACAUUUAACAUAUCUGGAUGAUAAACCAGUAUCCAAGGAUGAGAGAAGAUGUGUAAUGGCGUGGGCUCAAGGAGGUCAUGUUGCAGAAUCGGAAGAACGAAGAAAAAUUAUUGAGGAAAAUGAAUCAAGACAUGAAAGAGAAAUGAACCAGUGGAAGGAAAUGCAAGAGAGGGCCCUCUUAAAGAGAGCUGAAGAAGAAAAGAAUGGAACCAUGAAAAA